UUUCUCUGCAAUUCUUGGUGUUCCGGAACAGGUGUCACUCUCUUUCCGGCCUUUGGUUGCGUUAGAGGGUACUGACUUUCGUUCCGCGUUCUUGUUUUCCUUUGUGUUGUUGCUAUUACUACCAAUAGUUGCCAACAUGAAGAGGUCGAGGACAAGCGAAAUGUGGUCAUAUUUCGAAAUUCUUGAUCGAGAGUUUGCGAAAUGUACUUUGUGCGGUAAGAAAUUAUCGUACAAAUCGACGACGACGAAUUUAAAGAAACAUCUCCAGAAAUCACAUUUAAUUGUGAAUUUCUCUUCACAAAGACCUUCGGAGCUAGAUUUGGGUGAAACCCUUCCUGUAGAGGUGAUCCUUGGCACCAGUAGUGUGGAAGAGGAGCGAGCUGCUCCAGCCCCAUCAAUGCAGCAAGGUGUUCAAAGUUCUGUGACAUUGUACCUCUCCAAAAGGAUCGGAGUGAAUCAGAAAAGGAAGAUAGAUGGGCAACUUCUUCAGCUGUUCACUAAAAACUUCCAACCAUUUUCAGUCGUUGAAGAUUCGGGGUUUCGGGGUUUUGUGCGGGCCCUUAAUCCUGGUUAUGAGUUAUCAAGCAGGAAGCACAUUUCAGAUGUAAUGCUGCAAGCAGCAUACACAGCAGCAAAGGAGAAAGUAGUAGACAAACUGUCAGCUGCGCAGACAGUUUGUUUGACCACAGAUUGCUGGACAUCGGCAGCAAAUGAAGGUUACAUGGCGGUGACAGGGCAUUUUGUGUCUGAAGAUUUCACCUUGCAAUCGGUGUUGUUAGGAUGUUCCCAAUUGUCUGGUGCACAUACUGCUCCGAAUCUGUCGGCAACUCUAAUAGGCACGACAGAUAACUUCAGGCUGACAGAUAAAGUUUUGCUGGUUGUGACGGAUAAUGCACCAAAUAUUAAAAAUGCAGUACCCAUUUUACGGUGGAAACACUUUGGGUGCUAUGCACAUACACUAAAUCUUAUUGUGCAGAAUGCACUAAAACAUUUUGUGUCAAUUCAGCAGAAAGUCAAAACUAUUGUAGCAUUCUUCAAGAGAAGCUGCAAGGCAACAGAAAGACUGCUGACAUACCAAGAAAAUAAUGGGGCAGGUCAUGUUAUAACUGGUGCAGGAGUUGAUUUUGAACAACUGACAGACGAGGAAUGGAACAUCUGCUCAGAACUCUGCUCUUUGUUGAAGCCAUUUGCACAGCUUUCAACACAGCUUAGUGCUGAGUCAUAUCCUACUGGCAGCCAAGUUAUUGUUCUGACAAGGGGAUUAUUAUCAGUGUGUGCAGAACUUUUGAAAAUGCCAUUUAACAGUGUGACAAAGACUAUCAUUGAAGAAUUAACAAAAGGUCUGAAGGACCGUUUCCACAAUGUAGAGAUGAGCAAAUCUAUAGGAGUAGCCACUCUACUAGAUCCACGCUUUAAAUCUCUUGUGUUUGAAAGCUGA